CGGGAACCAAUUAACAUAUACGCCAUAUUAAUCAUCUUUCGCGAGCCAGACAACGAACUGAUUCCUCAACAAAGGGCUGAAAGGGAACAUUCCAUUUUUAUUCACUUUGAAGAACAUACACCUGAAGUGACGUCACAAUGUCGAGCACGCGGUCACGACGUAAGAAGGGCGGACGCGUACAGCGUCUGACGUCAAAUGUGUUCGCCAUGUUUGACCAGGCCCAGAUACAAGAAUUCAAGGAGGCGUUUAACAUGAUAGAUCAGAACAGGGAUGGCUACGUGGACAAAGAUGACCUUCAAGACAUCAUGGUAUCACUCGGCAAGGAUCCCUCUGACGACUACCUUGAGAAGAUGAUCACAGAAGCGCCAGGACCAAUAAAUUUCACCAUGUUCCUUACGCUGUUUGGCGAGCGUCUGAAUGGCACAGAUCCGGAAGAUGUUAUUCGGAACGCCUUCGCCUGCUUCGACGACAGGCAUUCAGGUUCCAUUACUGAAGAGUACUUCCGGGAGUGUAUGAUGACCAUGGGGGAUCGCUGGUCUGAGGAAAUGGUGGACGACCUCUUCUACGGAGCACCAAUCAAAGAUGGCCGUUUGGAUUACGUCGAGUUCACGCGCAAUCUCAAACAUGGAUCACGUGACAAGGACCAUGACGACAUACCAGAUAUUAAACCGGAUAUAAAGCCGGAACAGGAAGUUGCAGACAAAAUUCCACCGGAAGUUCCUCCAAAACCAUCUAAAAAUUAAACUGCUGAAUGUACGCAGAUAGAAUUCACACUGGUUUAUAUUUUUUUAUAAUUCGGUCUCGAUUUUCAUACUUACGAAACAUGUAUUUUGUCUGACGGACAUUCUAAGACGGAGGACCAUUUUUGAUGUGACGUUUGUGCCAUAUUAUGAUAUUUUGUAACCAACAGUAUAUUUAUUUAGUGUAUGCUUUUAUACUGAUUUCAUUGAUUUUAAUUUUAAAAACGCCAUGUGAAUGGAAUUACAAUUAAUAAAAGUUUAUAUUACA